AUGGACUUGCCAGACCCUCAACUUCUUUCCAGAGGAAAGGUCCGCGACAUCUAUGCAACUUCCUCGCCCGAUCAUCUAUUGUUUGUCGCAACCGAGCGGAUAUCGGUGUACGAUGUCAUCCUCAAUAGUGUCCGUGGAUCUCUGAAUUCUUUUCUGCCUGAUUUCAUGUGCUUUGCUUCUAGGAUAUCCCAGGCAAGGGCAAACUCCUCGCAGGCAUCUCGCUGUUCUGGUUUUGAGAAGCUAACGCAUAUCAUUCCUAACCAUCUUGUUACUGUCCAGCAGUACCGCGAGCAACUCGAGGAAAGGCUGGCCAAAGUACUGGUGCCCAUGGAAGCGAUCAUUAUCCACCGGGAUGACUUUGUGAACAGGGCUGAGCAAGGCACUCACGACGAGAAUAUCUCGCCUGAAAAAUCUGCUCAACCCAUCGGCCAAGAUUUAUUCGGCCGUAUCCAGGCUGCGUCUUUGCAGCCAUGGACGACUGCUGCUGAAUAUGCAGAAUCAUGCGGACUUAUUCUCAUAUACACCAAGUUUGAAUUCGGUCUUGUUACAUCUGCUUUUGUUGGGAAAGACAAGCUCAUCCUCAUGGGUAAAUAUGAACCUGACCAAGGACAGUCAAGCUUUGACAAGCAGUAUGUCAGAAAUGCAUUGACUGCCGCUGGAUACACAAAAGGAUAG